AAUUUUUUAAAUUAGAAAAAAAAAAAAGAAAACAAGCUUUCUUCCUAACCAUGGUCAGAAAUGAUGUCUCCUAACAGGGAUUUCCAGGGGGUCCCCGCUUCACUUCCCCUGUACCCCUUCACUGACAGAAACAUGGCCUUCCCCUCCCUUCUCCAUAAGGCUUCUCAUGCCUUGGGUGGUUAUGACAUCAUACUCCUCAAGCUUUGUGAUGACAUCAUGACAUUAUCAACAGAGUUCCUCAGGGGAAGAGAGGUCCCAGGAGCCCCUCCACUGGGCCAAACUCCAAGACAGUUUGAGGAGAUGGGGCUCCUUUUGUGUCACUGCACCCACUUCAGGACUUGGGGACAAGCAGUCAUCCAUCCUGUCCAUCAUCAGGUUGAUGUGUUCAUAUUCGUCUGUGGAAUUCUCAGGCUCAACAAAGUCAGAAAUACAUUUGACUUCUUCUGCCUUACGCUUAAGCCCACAGAGUUCAGCUCCCAGCUCUUGCAGGCCAUUUUCUUCGGGGUCGCCUGCCUGGAUGAUGUGCUGAAAAGAAUCACAGGAAGAAAAAACAUUAAGUUUGUAACUGCCUUCAGAGACCUGCUUUUCACCACUCUGGCUUUUCCUGUAUCGACGUUUAUAUUUCUGUCAUUCUGGACCAUCUUUCUCUAUAACCGAGAACUUGUUUACCCCAGAUCGGCAGAUGCCAUCUUCCCGGUGUGGCUGAAUCACGCAAUGAACAAUUCAGUGGAACACCCUCAGAUAAUCAGCUAAGGUUUGGAAUGUCCCAGAAGCCACUGAAGAGAAGAAAGUUGAGCCUUUCAGGACAGAGAGAAAGAUCUGGACCUUGUGCGUCUUGCAAAAUGGAAGAAGCUUUUUGAGUUACACGAGGACUGGCUCUCUUUCAUUCCGGGCUUCAAGGUUUCAACCCAGUGCUGGCUAUUGUUGUCUGACACUUUCAGAGCCACCCCUACCUACUGCCUUAAUGCCUGGUCCUGGGGUGACAAUGUAGGGUUACAGUAAUAUAAGUGGAAAUCUGUUCGUAUUUCUUUGAGCUCCAAGUUCUUAUAAAUGCUUCAAUCGCCUGGAAAGCUAAAACAGGCUGCUCCUUGUGAGAUACUUGAACAAAAGCAUUUCCCAGGAUUACCACUGCUCUUGACUAUAGGGCCCACUCUCAGGAAGCCCUUUGUCUUCUGACAACACACCCACAGGGAGUUCCUGUGUGCCCCCCACCACAUUUGCACAUACACACACACACACACACACACACACGCAGCCUGAUCCUUAAUCAAAUAUUUUUGUGCAUUCAGGAAAAUCACCAGUCAGGGCCAGCAUUGUGGUGUAGGGGCUUAAGCUGGCAUCACCUAUGAGCAGCCUGUUGGUUCCAUUUCCAGUUCAGCUCCCUGCUAGUGCACCUGGGAAAGCAGAGCAAGAUGGCCCGAGUCCUUGGGCCCCUGCCACCCACGUGCGAGACCUGGAUGGAGGCUCCAGGUUCCUGGCUUCAGCCUGGCCCCUGUUCCAGCCAGGGCAACCAUGUGGGGACUGAACCAGCAGAUGGAAGAUUUCUCUCUGGCUCGCCCUCUCUCGGUAACUCUGUCUUCCAAAUAUAUUUUUAGAAAAAUAAAUAAAUAAAGGAAAAUCACCAGUCAACAGUCGUCAUUCUUGCAGGGCAGAUAGUAGGUCCCUUCCUAACGCCCUGCUGUGUCUGGGAAAGCCAAAGGCGGGAAGGAGAGAGGGCAGACACGGCUCCUUCAUGGAGUCAAGGCCCCGCAAGGGUUGCAGCUUUGCCUCGGAGCUUGUCUGUACGGGCGCAUCUCAGAAUCGCUGUGGUCUCCCAGGAAGAACAGCUGCCUGCACUUUCUGGCCCUCUAUUGACACCGUGAUGAGUUAUCAGAGGAAGAGAUGGCGCCCGAGACACAGGGCUUCAAAGCCCGAUGGUUCCCCGCGCUUCUCAAACUUCUUCCUUACGGAAAAGAACAGUCUCCUUCCCCCAGCUGGGAGCAGCUUCCUAGAGGGCUGCCCAUCUGUCUCUGUCUUUACGACAAGCUUCUGUGUGUGCCAUGCGGAGCCAGGCAAGACACAUGGAGGAGGGCUGGAUUGCAGAUUGAUGAAGAGGAAGGAAAGGGUGGAGGGAAGAUAAGAGUGAAGCUUGGGGCCCUUUCCACCUGGCCCAACCUCAGGACCGAGGCCACAGCCCCAUGCGUCUCACAAUGGACAAAGACAGUCUCUGCUGGCCGCGUCGCUUUAGCUUGUGACGGGGCUGCUGGCUCCUCUAUGGCGGUGCCCUUUGUUGAGUUCACAGUUGAGUGCCAUGGGACAGGUGGCAGGAGUCACACUUGCUCAAGGCUUCCUGCUAACACCCAUCCCCCACCCCCAUUUCCAAGAUGUGGGAUUCUUUCUGCAGUUGUGGGGAAGAACAGGGAGCAGUUCCCCAAUCCUGCUACCCGGGAUACAGCCUGGCAUACGGCUGCACUGACUUUUUAGCUGGUCUGGAUUCACUUCCCAGGCUUCCUCUUGUCUCCACUAUGUUUCAUAUACUCAUUAGUUAAUGCCAUUAAUAUUAAGUGGCUGGGGUAGGUGAAACCCUAUUCUAGGCACCGGUGUGAAAACAGCGACAGCCCGAAGCUUUGAGUUGCUUCCGUCCCUGGAAGGCUUUGGUCCGCGUAAGGUGAAUCCACUCGUGUGAUGUCGAGAUGGGAAUGAGCGCAGGGGUUUCAGCUACUCCAAGGAGUGGGACUUGUUGUUUUUGAGCCCUGUCAAGUGAGAAGGCCUAAAGGGAUUAUGUGUGGGGGCAGGGGGGACAAGUGAGCGCUGAUUCAGUGGUGAGAGGGGGGACCGUGGUCUGCAGGUGGGAGAGCAGAGGAAUUAGGAGGUAAGAGUGGGGGAGCAGCUCAUGGAACUAAGACAGGACAGGUGGCCAGGUCACCAGGGCUUCUGCAGGCCAUGUUACAGACUCAAUCAUACUAUGCAACCAAACAGUCCAAUCAUGUAUCAACCAGAGCCUGGAAGUGGAGUCCUAAAAAUUGAUAGAUUUGGCCGGCACCGUGGCUCAAUAGGCUAAUCCUCUGCCUGCGACGCCGGCACACCAGGUUCUAGUCCCAAUCGGAGCGCCGG